GGAGGGAAAACAGCCCAGCCAAAAGAGUGAAAACACACACAAGGGUGAGAGAGCCUAUGAUUGUGUUACAGAGAGCAGAUAGGUGCAUAAACACACAGAGGACAGAAAAAGAAGACAGAGAAGAAAACUCGGUGAGACAUAGAAAGAAGAAGAGAGAGAAAAAGCAGAGGAAACGUAAAGUGUGAGAGACAGAAGGAGGAAGGCGAAGUGUCGGGGGUUUUGCUGCUGCGCUGGGAUCAUGUCUCUAAAUGGGAAGGUGGCUCUGGUGACCGGGGGGGCUCAGGGCAUUGGGAGAGCUGUGGUCCAGUCACUACUGCAGAGCUCAGCCAAGGUGGCCGUGGUUGACCUGAACAAGACCUGUGGUGAAGAGUGCAAGGCACAGCUGGAUGCCGAGUUUGGAGAGGAAAACUGCACCUUUAUUCCGUGUGAUGUGUCCAAUGGAGAUGCACUCAGAGACGCAUUCCAGAGCACGAUAGACCAGUUUGGUCGUCUGGACAUCGUUAUCAACAAUGCCGGCAUCAACAAUGAAAAGAACUGGGAGAAGACCAUACAAGUCAACCUGACCUCUGUAAUUAAAGGGACCUACUUGGCACUGGAACACAUGAGUAAAGAGUAUGGCAAGGAAGGAGGCACCAUUAUCAAUGUAUCCUCUAUGGCAGCCUUCCUGCAUUCUCCUCAUCAGCCUGUCUACACUGCUACUAAACAUGGAGUCAUUGGCUUCACUAGAGCUAUGGCGGAUGCGUCUUCUCAGGGCAACUACGGUGUUCGUAUCAACGUCCUGUGUCCGGCCUUCGUUGACACUCCUCUGCUGCACUCAGUGGAACAUGAGGACAACAUGGGCAAGUUUGUCAAGUUCAAGGAUGAUUUCAAACGCAGCAUGAGCAAGUUCGGAGUUUUACAGCCGUCAUUGAUAGCAGAGGGCAUGAUGAGGUUGAUCGUGGACACCAGUCUGAACGGAGCGGUGAUGAAGAUCACCUGCUCCAAGGGAAUCCACUUCCACACCUAUGAACCCAUGUCUGCUUGAGCCUUGACAUACUGGACUCCAAGCUGCUGCUGAGGAGAACAAUGCAGUGCUUUAUCCUGUCUAACUGCCACACAUGAGAAACUGGUUCAGGACAGUCAUAUCUGGCUGCUGCUGGACUUAAAAUCAGAACUGCGUCAGAGCAUCAUUUGGAUUCUACUGGAAAAACUGACCUGAACAAUGCCUGAUUAUGUAUAUACACCUGUCCAAAUUAACAAACGAAUGCCAUCCAAAUAAUAGUUCCAUUCACUGUCAAUAUAUACUGUCGGCCUGAUUUUAUUAAUUAUGUUAAUAAUAUGAUAAUUAUGAUCAUAAUUAUCAAAAUUAGAAAUAUCUGCUAACUAAGAGAUAAACCUUUGGCAAUCCAUUAUUAUACUUAUAGAUCUGAUCUUUUUCAAUUAGGUUUCUAUGUGUUACAGGAAACAAUUGACAGUCACCUGAAAUACGACUGAUUAUGCAGCUUCAGCUAAACAGUGUUAUUAUAACUGAUAAUAUGGUAUAUUAUAUAUAUUAUAUUAUAUAUAUGUAUUAUAACUGGUUAAUAUGAUUUGUGUAAAAAUUAAAAACAAUUCUGGUAGGUAGUUUGA